AUGAAUGCUAGUGGCACAGUCGUGUCAAAUGGAUCAACUGUGAUUCUGUCCUGCUGGCUAAACAACGGUGGAUCAUCUAGCAAUUUGCAGAACAAACCUACAAUAACUAUUUUACACAACAGUUCAGCAGUAAGCAGCAGCUCUGGCUUUUCGGUCAGUGCUCACAUUUCACAGCACACAUUUGGGAGGCAGGCGUUCAUAUGCCAACGGAGUUCUCGGCAGAAAACGGAAGGAGUGCUCGUAUGUGGAAUUUACGUCGAUGUUGGAAUUCCUCCAGCGCAGCCCAAAAAUAUACUCUGCAUUCAGCAUGGAAAGGAUGGAAGUACUAUUUGCACUUGGGAUAAAGGACACUAUACCUACCUUGAUACUACCUAUACAUUACAGCUAACAAAUGGAACCACCAAUGAGACAACAGUAUGGAAAGAGGAAAGGAAUCAAAAUAGAUCAUAUGGCGCAAUAGAGCUCAGAACAAAGCUGAAUUCUGAGUCCACUUAUACAGUUGUCAUCAAUGCCACCAAUGGACUGGGGAAGGUUUCUUCCCAACCAAUUCAAUUCACAUUAAUAGACAUAGUGAAGCCGCACGCACCGGUGAACCUCUCAGUGGCAUUUGAAGGUUCUGAUGCAAGAAAUUGCAGCAUUUCAUGGCAAGAUCAACAAGAGGCACAACACUUUAGAUUAAGAUACCAACCAAUGAACAGCAACUCUUGGACCAUGCUUGAAAAUAUAAACAGCAGAAGAUAUUAUCUACAUGACCUGAAGCCAGAUACAGCAUAUGAAUUCCAGGUUUCUUGCAGGUUCUUGCCCAACAAAGGAUUAUGGAGUGACUGGAGUUUGUUGUUUCAAACAGAAGCAGUACCAUUUCAGCCAAUUGAUGUCUGGUAUUUAAUGGAAGAUGUGUCUUCUGAAAUGCAGAAUAUUACACUUUUUUGGAAGACGAGCAUACUAGAAGUGAGAAGGAGAAGUCAUGAUUAUAGAGUGAUGUUUUCGGCCCUAAACCAGAUGUGUCAAAGAGCCACGGGAACAAAUUCUACAGCGCAGACCAUAUUCUCACAAAUCAUACCUAAGACAGACUAUAGCAUUACAAUUUCUUCUCACAACUCACGGGGAACAUCCCAACCCAUUUAUAUAACUACUAAACUAGGAAUUACAGAUCUGCCGCCCCCGAACCAUCUUUCUACUGUAUCACUGGGGAACGGAAGAAUCUCUGUUUUGUGGGAAGCCCCUAUUGCACCUUUCCCUUUUAUCAAUGGAUAUGUUCUACAGUGGGCAGAGCUCCAUCACAGCAGUCACUUGAGAACUCCCAUAACCUGGCUCAAAAUCCCCAUCUCCAAUCUCACAGCAACAACAGAGAACCUAAAGCCUAACACCUGUUAUCGAAUCAGUGUGUUUGCCCUCUACCAGAGCAGAGCAGGAAGAGCUGCUUCCACAGAAGAAGAUGUAUCAGCAAAAGCCCCAUUAACAGGACCUCAAAUUAACGCAACAGUAAAAGAAAGAAGCAUUUUGGUCUCCUGGCAGGAAAUUCCAGACGAUCAUCAAGUGGGCUGCAUCGUUCACUUCAAGUUAUACUUGCAAAAGCAAUUUGUCACGGUGCCCCCUAAAGUCUACGGUAGGUAUCUGUUAAAAAUUAGGGCUUGGAUCCCUCUACUGCAGGGCAAAUUUUGGCUGAAAAGAUAUUGGGAGACAUCCAGGGAUGGUGCCUGCUUGCAUAUACCUAACACAGCCACACAGCCAUUCUCUGUAAGAAGUGUAGAGCCUGGUGCUGCAUAUGUUUUAUGGAUGACAGCUUCCACAAAAGCUGGAGAGAGCCCUAAAGGAAACAAACAAGAAGUUUACAUAAAAGGUCAUUAUUUGGGGUGGGGGAUUAAAGGUUUUGGCUUCAUAGUAGUACAGCUUUCCUCGCUGCUUUCUGUUCUGCUUUGUGGGUGGCAUGGGAAAGCUGUUCCAGAUCCAGCCAACUCUUCAUGUGCUAAAGAGUUCACAUCUGUAGAGGAUGAACGCAGCUUCUAUUCUACAGAGUUCCUAAAGAACCUGAACAGUGUUGAAGAGCCUGAAACUCUACAAAUAGAGGAGGUCCUCAUGAAGAGGCAACAAAUGCCAUUUUUGGAUGUGUCCCUCUUCAAACCCACAGAGGAAGGAGGAGAGAGCCACAACUGGCCAACUGCUGUCAGUUUCCAGGAAGAGGAUCCAAUUGUGAAAAACUUGGACUAUGACCCUUUGAUCACCAGCAGGACAGGUGGUGCCAGCCAGCACCAGCUGCUGCCUUUGUACAGAAAGGUUGGACCCGAAGAACCAAAUCAAGGCCAGGAAUUUUCAGUGUACCUUGCCAGUCCACGUGGAAAUGUAACAGUGGACUACUUACCGACUAUUUCACCUGCCAUUAUGGACACUGGUGAAGACAACGGUGAAUCUGAACUAAACCCAUUAUUUAUUUUCCAAAGAACCUCUUUUCUGCCACAGACGUUCCCCUUUGGUGGAAAGCUCACUCUAGACGCUAUACAAAUGGACUGUGAUUCUUUCACAGAGUAAGACUGCGUUCAUGUAACAUCUUAUCCAGGAAUGCUUUAAACUUAAUGGGAGAAGACAUGAUAGGAUAUA